AUGGCUGCAUCUAACGGCGAGAAAAGCUUGAUCGUGAGCUUCGGCGAGAUGCUCAUCGAUUUCGUCCCCACCGUCUCCGGCGUCUCCCUCGCCGACGCUCCCGGCUUCAUCAAGGCUCCAGGCGGUGCACCUGCCAACGUCGCCAUCGCCGUUUCUCGUCUUGGUGGUCGCUCUGCUUUCGUCGGAAAACUCGGUGACGACGAGUUCGGUCACUUGCUCGCCGGAAUCUUGAAACAGAACGGUGUCUCCGCCGAAGGAAUCAACUUCGACACCGGAGCAAGAACCGCACUCGCUUUCGUCACCCUGAGAUCCGACGGUGAACGUGAGUUCAUGUUUUACCGGAACCCUAGCGCCGAUAUGCUCCUCCGUCCCGACGAACUCAAUCUUGAUCUCAUCAGAUCUGCUAAGGUGUUUCACUAUGGAUCAAUUAGCUUGAUCGUUGAGCCAUGUAGAUCUGCUCACUUGAAAGCCAUGGAGGUGGCUAAAGAAGCCGGUGCGUUGCUCUCUUAUGACCCGAACUUGAGGCUUCCUUUGUGGCCCUCGAAGGAGGAAGCUCAGAAGCAGAUUCUUAGCAUCUGGGACAAAGCUGAAGUGAUCAAAGUCAGUGACGAAGAGCUUAUGUUCUUGACUGGAUCUGAUAAGGUUGAUGAUGAGACAGCUAUGUCUCUGUGGCAUGAUAAUUUGACACUUCUCUUGGUCACUUUAGGUGAUAAGGGUUGUAGAUAUUACACCAAGGGCUUCCGUGGAUCUGUUGAUCCUUUCCGUGUGGAGGCAGUGGAUACAACUGGUGCUGGUGAUUCAUAUGUUGGUGCCUUGCUUUGCAAGAUUGUUGAUGACCGUUCUGUGCUUGAGGACGAACCUCGUCUUAGAGAAGUGCUUAGGUUUGCGAAUGCUUGUGGGGCCAUUACAACUACGAAGAAAGGAGCAAUCCCAGCUCUUCCUACAGAGUCUGAGGUUCAGGCUCUUAUGAAAGGAAACUGA